CGUCGUGUACGCCUCGCCUCGAGUCAGGCGCAUCAUCUCAUCUCCUCUUCUCACGGACGCCAAAAGCAAGAAAAUGCUGCGCGAUGACGGCGGAACGAGCGUGAGGAUGCGAGGCGGCCUAGUGUAGUGUCUUUUUGGGGGCUGUGAAAGACUGCGUCUUGUCUUGAAGGGGAAAAACAAAAACAAAUCCGCAUCCAGGAUGUCCACUGCGCCUGCUGCGGCCGACGAGAGCCAGAGGAACUCUCCGGAGGUGGACUGUGAUCCCACGCCCAAGGGGUCCCGCUCUCAGUGUGCUGACGCUGGCGAUGACGGGCAGCGGAAGCCGAAAGACAAACAUAAGCUGCUGGAGGAGGCCUUCCAGCAGGAUGUGGAGCAGUACCUGUCCACAGGUUACCUCCAGAUCGUCGAGAGGAGAGGGCCAACAGGCAGCAUGUCGUCCAUGGAGGUCAACGUGGACAUGCUGGAGCAGAUGGACCUGAUGGACAUGUCGGACCAAGAGGCGAUCGACGUCUUCCUGCACUCGGGCGGAGAGGACAACAGCGCCGCCUCGCCCGUCGCGGCAGGUCCCGAGUCUUUGAGCGCCGAGCUCAGCCUUGCGGUUCCCACUCAGACCGAGCUGCGCCUCAAGAUGACGUCGGCGUGCGCUGACGGCGAUGAGGAAGAGGACUUGGAGGAAGAGGAGGAAGGGCAAGAGGAGGAAGGCGCCAGGAGGACCAUAAGGAGGAGGAGGAGAAAGAGGGCUCCCCCGCUCGUGCCAACGCCCGGCCAUCAAGGCGGGACCCCGAAUCUUUGAGGGUUUGGAAGAAAGAGAAAAGCUCACCCCACUCCGCAACUGCCACAUGACGUCUGCCUUAAAGAAAAAAAUACAAGAAUCCUAUGACGACUAUGAUGAGCACAUCAUCUGCGCUCAGGUCGAUAUUUGGUGGUAUGAUUUGGAUUCCGACCAACAUCAAGUGUUGAGAACGAGCACACGGCGACAGCUAUAUAUCAUCAAAAGAAACCAGAUUUUUUUAGUUUGUUCUUAAGCUUUAUUAGUGUCGGAAAUUUUGAGGAAAAUGUGACCAUCAAUCAUAGAAGAAGAAAUGGACCUUUACCUUCACUGUUUUGAUUUUCUUAUAUAUACGAAAUGUUGGGAUUUACACUUGGCGUGCGCACGCGCCUGCACUUUUAUCCCUACUGAAGAGUUGUUGAUAUUUUGAGUGCGCUGUGUCGAAAUAUUUACUGUCCUGUGUCUGUUGUUACUCUGUUGCAAAGAAAGAAUUAAAAGUUCACCUGAGGA